AUGCCGCCGGUGUCAUACUGCUGGCCUCCUCGUGGAGAGAACCCGACUCCGAGAACCUACACGGUCCGUGAUCUCAACGGACGCGUCCGCGCCAGUCGCGCUCUCGAUGAUGUUCUAGAUCGUGCUGUGGACUUUGCCAAUUCGUAUGGAUUUCGCAUGAUAUGGAUCGAUCAAGAAUGUCUUCCCCAGCCGACUGAAAAUAGCUCGAAAGAAGACUGGGACGAGCAGGAGCUUGGAAUACAGUCGAUGGAUAUUGUGUACAACAGAGCUGUGGUCACGGCGGGUUUGCUCGACGUCAAAAUCACAUCGCAAGAGCAACUUACAGCUAUCGAGACUCUGUUGUAUCCUGACCAACGGAAGUCAAGUAUGAUAGACCGCCGCUUCUGCGAACAAAUCCUCGACUUCCUUCACAGAGCCAGUCAAGACCGUUGGUACACCCGUGCGUGGGUCGUCCAAGAGGCUAUAUGUUCUGGAGACGGACUGAUGCUGGCUUUCCGGCGCGGUCCAGGUCUUACCUUCCAAUCCAGCUUUCGCUUUGGGCGAGAGGAGGGAUCGGAUCUCCGUCCUUACCAUUCACUCGACGAUGAUCGUGGGAUCUGGGAGUCAGAGCUCAUUUGCAUGCACUUGCGUGGAUUCUGGCGCAUUCUCGACCAGAUGCAAUCUCUGCUUACACGCGACUUCGUUCGUAUGGGAAACUAUCUUGCCCGGUCUGGGCUCGGGUCAGAAGAAGUCUAUCCGGGAGCUCGGUCCGUGCUUGAAGUAGCAGACCGCCUCCAUCCGAGAACCGAGAAGGCAAACACGAUCAAUCAGAUCGUACAGGCUCAUACCGAGGGGUUCUACGGGAAGCGUCCUACGAUCAACGCUGCGGGAGCUCUGACAUUGCUGAAGCAUCGAGAGUGUUACUUCAAUGCUGAUAGACUUGCUAUCAUAGCGAACAUGUGCGAUUACGACUUCCGAUUAGAUACAAGGAAAGUCAACGCCAAUUGCAGUUCACUGCGCCUAGCUAUAUUGGCACUGACGUUGAGUAAUGGCGACCUAUCUUUGCUAGCACCAGAGGCAUAUCUACACGAGGGCCACGAGAACCAAGAAGAGACCUAUGCUGGAAGUGCAUCGAGCUCGACAUUGUUCCAGAACAUUUUCUUGGAGGCGAAUCGAAUCGAUUACUGUGAAGUUCGCGACUACAUCAACAUACGACUCCAAACAAGCAGACAGGGUAGAUUCACUGUCGACGGAAUGCUUCUCCAUUCGUAUCUUUGGUCGGUCGAUCGCGAAAUCGACUUUACACCCAUACAGGCGGAGUGGGCCGAUACAUGGGAAUCCUACAAAUGCUGGGUCAUACUUUUUGAACGCCAGAAAGACGAGACCGUAGAACAAGCUCGUGCGCGUCAAGUGGCAUUUAUCCAGCGGUUCAACCAACCAAAUGUAGCCACACAAGCUCGUCAGGAUUUCCGCCGCUGGGGUCAUAUCCCAAACGGAUCAUCUGUAUGGGGAAACCUCGACCAUACCGGCAUACAAGUAAAACGAAGACUCGACGCGAAACGCGUCAAGCAAGUACCCGCGAUGCGCAACACAAUCUCUCAGAUCAUCUUUGGCGUUCUCCGGUAUAUCAGGUAUAUGCUGGCCGCAUCUGAAGACGAAGGAGAAUUAAUGAAGGGUCUGGCCAACAGCGUAUGGCAAUUCGUCCGCACAGAUGGAGUCAGCUUGGAGCACCAACUACCAGACGAAGUCGACGAUACGCUGUUUGCCCACCCCGACGUUGUGAACCAGCCUUUUGCCACGCUGCAGCUCGACGAGACUCUCGAGGCAAGCCUCGCACAGUUGUGGUUCAUCGACCGCAUCAUGCAGCACGGCCGACUCUGGUGUGGAACCUACACGCCGCCCAAACGACCAGCCCGUCUUACCUCACCUCCCGGCUCCCACCCCAACACCACGUACGAAGAAGACCUAGCAGCGCACAACGAACACAUAUCCGCGAUCCCGACAUCCCAACGCUCAAUCAUAAGCCGUCAACUCGCACGCCAGUUCCUCACCGUCGGCGUCGAGAGCACGCUUGCUAGGAAAGGGAAGCAAGGGAGCACCCGCCACACCAUGGUGACAUUGCCGGAGAUUCUGCGCAGGGAUCUGUGGUCUGAUCGGAAAGAGAGGAUACGACAAAGAAGUCUCAUGGCAGCCUUCGAUGUGGAUGGGCCUUGUCUAGUGGCCACGCCGUAUAAUCCUGAAUGGGAGGUUUUUCCGCGCCCGAAGCUUCGUAGUACGAGUGUGUGCUGGGUCGUUGAAGUGAAAGAAAAUGGAGGCGGUGCUGCAGGAACAUCUGCUGGGACGGAGGACGACUCAUCGGAUGUGGUGGACUCUGAUGUUGCAAGUGCGAUAGAGGACAGGGGGAAGGGGAAGGGGAAGGAAAGAGCAGGCGUUGACUUAGCUGAUGCUGAAACUGACAGAGAGGCUGAUGAUGGAAAGGCUGGGAAGGGGAAGGAGCAGCAGGAUCUCGACUUGAGGGUGCUGAGAAAAGUGAAGGGGUUAUGGCGGAUUAUGGAUCUUCCUUCUCAGGUGUAUCUGUUUAGUUAG